AUGCCUUCUCUAUCGGCUUAUACUCCACUUGAAUCCCUUCUCUUCUUCCAGACUCUCGCCGCGCACGAUUCGCAUCCAACCAACUUUGUGUCGAUAUCAGAUGUUCUGAGCAAAAACAAGUUCAUUCGCGAAAAUGGCGCGUUUGACCCGCGCAGGUUCACCCCGGAGGCGCUGGAGGACCUUUAUUCGAGAUUGAUGCACGACGAUGGUAGCAACUCGCCUGCCUCUACACAGGAACCGAACGGUCAUCAAUCGGAAUCAAGCCCUAGUAACCCAAAGAAGCGCAAGAUUAAUGCAUCUCGCCCCGGGUUUGUCCAGUAUCUGGUGCCGCACCUGUACGCCAAAUAUAAGGAAUUGGUUACCAGGGAGAUCAAGCUUGAAGAAAAGCGGUACAGGGACAUUAAGGAUGAGAUCACACGGCUAGAGAAGGAAGAGCGCGAAGCGCCCCGAGAGCAGCCGGCUGAGCCGGCCCCAACGCUAAUCCAUACGAAACCUGGGCUUGCGCCCGAACCGAUGGACUUGGAUACGCCCGAGACACCAGUCGCUCAACCACAGCCUGCCAAGGAACCGAUACCUACCCCGGUUAAGCCUUCUACGAGCGUAGAAGUGAAACAACCUCAGCCAGAGCCUCCCCGCAAGGAUCAGCCGCCGACACAGCUCACCCAACAACAAAAACCACUCUCGGGGACCGAGUCGCCGGCGCAAACCCUUGGACAACAACCAGAAAUCCAGAAAACCCUACAGCCACCACCACCACCCCAGCCCCAACCUCCAGCGUUACCCCAUCCAGAACCUCCACACCCCACACCGCAUGCGACGCCGCGCCCUAUAGCACAGCAACUGCUUCAGGCUCAGCAGCCGCAGGGUCUUCCCAUCAGUUCUCAACAAGAUCAGUCAGCCGCAGAUCUUCCACGACAGACACAACUACCCAAUGGAAAAGUUAUACCGCCGGCUCAACAGCCACCUGCUGCCGCUCCCAGCGCAUCUGUCCAGGAGAAGCCAGUCAACGUGCCGCCUACGCAGCCUCAAAAACCGUUGUCGAUCCCCGUUGCCAUGGCUCCUGCCCCUUCUCACGAACAGGUAACCACUCCGUUACCGCCCCCUCGACCAUCUCAACUACCCCAGCAGAUGGCCAUUGUACCAGUUGCUUCUCCUACUCCGAAAAAGGCCGCCUCAGCCACGAAACCCGCUGCAAAGAAGAGUGUGCCUCCCGCCGUUCCACGUGGACCACCUCAAGCCAGUUUCCAACAAUGGUCUUUGAACCAACCACAAACUCCACAACAUCCGCCGCAACUUCCUUCAUCCUCCUUAUCUCAACCUGCGGGUCACAUCAAGCCUCUUCAACCGCUGCCCAUUAAAUCCACGCCAAAGAUGGUGCCGCGUCCUCAGCCUGUGGCAGCUCCAUCGACGCCACAACCCCCUCGUCCCGCCUUCCAAACACCAGUACCUCCAGUUCCUCCGUCUGGAUUUGCGACGCCUGUGGGACACCCUCAAGGAUUCCCGGCAACCCUACCGCGUGCGUCACGACCACGGCUAUCACUCGCGACUCCUGGAUCAUCCACCCCUUGGAAGCAAUCUUCGUUCUCCACUCUACCAAAUUCCCCUCGCUCACCCGAAAGACCUCGUCCAGAAGACGUCAGUCCGAUCAGCGAAAGGGCACCAUCACCGUUUGGCUCACGAGCGGCAACCCCGGAGGAAUCCGAGCCUCCGCGCCGGAAAGGUGUUGGACGUGGAAGGAAGAAGGUGACAGAUACCACUCCAGCAGGUCCAAAGAAGAAAACGGAAAAGACCACACCAGCGGCCGGGAGAAAACGUGACAGGAGCACCGCUUCAUCGAGAAGUCGAGGGCGAUCUAUACAUUCGCGUGAUGACGAAUCAGGAGCGGAGGCUGGAAAGAUCAAGCGCGAAGUACCAAGCACUCCAGCUGGGGUUGGUUCUGUCGGGCCCGAGCGUAGCUCGACUAGCCAAAAAGUUCCGAGAGGCCGGCCGAAGCGCAAACGUGAUGAGGCCUCCGAACCAGAGCCCCAGCCUCGGCCUCAGCCUCAGCCCGAGCUCAGUCAGAUAAACCAUGCGGAUUCGGAUCAAUCGGCACCUUUCGUGCUGUGUGCGCGCAACUUUCGAGGGACUGGCACCCCAAUUAUGAAUGAUGUCUUGACCCAUAAGCAUGCAUCUAUGUUCGCCAAACCCUUGACGGAACGCGAAGCGCCUGGCUACCGAGAUCUUAUCUACCGACCGCAGGACCUGAAGUCUAUCAAGUCGAGCAUCAGUCAGGGGAGCAAGGCUUUGGCUGCCGUCACGGAAGCCGCCAACACACCAGUUGCGGACGGCGAGUCUCCGGUUCCAUCGAGGAGCGCCAUUCUUAUGCUGCCCAAAACCGAAGAUGUCAUUCCGCCAAAGGCGAUUGUCAAUUCAGCGCAGCUAGAAAAGGAACUGAUACGGAUGUUUACCAACGCGGUCAUGUACAACCCCAUCCCGCAGCGUGGUUUCGGACCAGCAUUCCCAAUGGCGCCGGACGGUGGUUCUGGACGGCGGCGGUACGCAUCUGAGCCUGACGAGGGCGGCAUCGUCAAGGAUACUAUUGAGAUGUUUGAGGAUGUGGAGCAGGCGGUAACUACGUGGCGGUCUGCUGAGAUCACUACUAGCAAGACUGUCCUCUCUCUUCGCAGAGAAAGUACCAGCGACCACAACAUGGACAGCGCAGACGAUGUCCAGGGCUGA